GCGGCGGCGGCCGGUGAGCGCUCCUGCCCCUGCGCGCGUCCCGCCGCACCGCACGGCACCGCUCCCCCGGGCACGGCACGGCACGGCACGGCACGGAACCCCCCCGGCCACGGCACACCCACCCAGAGCCUGCCUGCCCUCCGCCGCCGGCGGCUGUUGGGGCCGCCACCGGGCGUGCUCCUGCUCUGACCCCCGAGAGGUCCCGAGCUCUUCAGCCGCGGCAGGAACUGGGGCGGGCGGGAGCCCCUUCCUUCCCGCGUGUGCAGAGAGGGCGAGGGGAAGAACUGCUGCCUCUGAGCGGGCUGCACCGCUGGGUGCCUGUGCCUUCCCUCCUGCCAGCCCCCCAGCCCGGUACUGGUCUGGGUGGUGGUAUCAGACAACGGGGACUUGCUUUUAAAUGAUCAGUAGGGAAGAAAUCGGAAUUAUCAAACCAGAUUAUUUUAACUGGAUGGGGAAGCCAUAGGGAGUUUGUAUCAUGGCAGCGGAUGAGGAUGGACUGGGACUGUACGAUAUCCGCUACAGUGCUGAAGCUUCCCCCUUCAGGGAAGGAGAUGAGAGCUCUGUGGAUAUUUAUGAUGGCUUGGACAGCAGUUUGUCGGUUUCUGACAAUUUUGCUCCAAAUACUACACCAUCUAGAAGCAGCUUAAAUUUAUUUGAUGAGAUAUUAAUUGAAGAAGGGACUGCAAAGAAAGCAUCCUAUGAUGAGUUGCAGGCAGAAUAUGGAAAAUGUCAGCAGCAAAUUAAAGAGUUGAUGAAGAAAUUUAAAGAAAUACAGGCACAGAAUAUCAUUCUACAGAAUGAAAACCAGGCUCUCAAAAAGAAUAUUUCAGCCCUUAUCAAAACAGCAAGAGUGGAAAUUAACCGUAAGGAUGAAGAAAUCAGUCAUCUGCAUCAAAGGCUGUCAGAAUUUCCCAACCAUCGAAGUGUUUUCGCCAGAACAUACCUUCCAGGAUCAACUAAAACAAAAGAUUCCAAAUUCAGACCUUCUGAUUUUGGUGACAAUAUGAAGAUGGAGCAUAGAAUGAAGAAUGACUGUUCAAAAGAUGCAUACCACAGUUACUCAUCUCACAACCCAGACAGUGGGAAGUGUGGCUCUGAAAAAAGAAACACUCCACUUUUGCCAAGGUACCCUCCUGAAGAGCUCUGCAAUGAUGGUACUCACACGUGUGCCCUGAGCUAUGACCAUACCUCCACCAAGGAGAACAGAAAGGAAAGAAAAGAAAGCAAAAGUAACGAACAGCACAGCAGGGGAAAUGGCAGCAAAUACAGAAAAGAAGUGCAUCAGAGCGCUGGAAAUGAUGGGGACAGUGAGGAGGGGAAUUUGGAUCCUCAACAGAAGCUGAAAGCCCUCUCAGAGAAGGCUAGUAAAAAUGAAUUGCAACAAAAAAGUCAGAGCACGAAACUCAAAUGCAGUCCAGGUGUGGAAAGAAGAGUAGAAAGGGGUGUUUCUUCCUGGGAGAAACAGACUGCUGGUAAAGACAGAUUUCAAACAAGAGGUGAAUUGUAUGCUGAUGAGAGAUUACAAAAUGUAUUGAAAAAAGACAUUAAAACACAUGAUAAAGGUGAAAAACAUGCUGGCCAAAAAAAUAAACCGAAUGAGAAGCUGCAAGAACAAGCAAGGAGGCCUAGCAGGGGAAGCAGUCCACACUCCAAGAAUGAACAUUCAAAGAGUCUUCAUGAAUCACAUAAAUGUCGUGUGGAAGAGUCUAGAAAAGUAAAACACACUGACUGCAAGAGAGACAGGGGGACAGAUGAUCAUAGCUCUCGAGAAGGAAGGACUUCACCUUCUAAUUCCAGCAGCAGAGAGCAUAAAUAUCCACGCUUGAAGGAAAGUAGCAGUAGAUAUGAAUGGGAAACAGCACAUUCCAAAUCAGAAAGACACAGAACUGAGGAAAAAAGGAAAAGGGAAAGAGAGGAUCAGGAUGAAAAUAGACAUUUUAGAAAUGAAAAAAAAGUUGCAAAAGAAUUUUCUCACCAAUCUGUAAAAGACUCCAAGAAAGGUACCCACGUUACAAAAAGUGAGAGAAACAAAUCCUGUAAGCUGGAAGAAACAUCCAGAGUAGCAGACACCUUAAAAGAUUAUAAGGUGCCCAAAACUAAAGGUAAGCACACUGGGCCAAAAAGCAAAGACUUAAAACUCAGCUUUAUGGAAAAGCUAAAUUUAACUCUUUCUCCUAAUAAGAAGCAAUGUCUUUCUGCAAUGGAUGGACUUAAAACACCUUCCCAAAAGGCCACUGAUGAGGGAGGUACAGAGCUCACACUGCAAGCAGAGCUCUUAGAUUCUGCCCACCCUGUAGACUGUGGUCCCACAGAGCACAGUCAUUCAGCACUACAAGUUCUGGGCACUGCAGCUCAGAGCAGCAUGGAACCAGCACUGCCUAUUUCUGUCACUUCUGAAAAUGGAGCCUUGAAAGCAGCAGCAGCAGAUGCAGCACAGGCUGAAGCAUUGCCUGCAGUCACAGCUGAUGAGCCAAGCUCAGAAACCUUACCAGAAGAAGAAGGGGGUCAGGUACAGCCCCAAGCCUUGCCAGCAGCAGCAGAGGUGCUGGUUCCUAAUGAGAUGGAGUCUGAAAGGCCUUCAGAAGCAGCAGAGGCUUGUGAUCCAGCUGGAUUGGAAGCCUCAGUAAAAACAGCAGCAAUGACAGGUCUGAACCACCCUGAAUAUUUGCCCCUGAAGGUGACAAGGAGUGUGGCAGAGUGUGAAGAGCUGCCUGUGACAGAGGGUGAGAUGCAGGAUGAUUAUGUACCAGCAGAAGUGGCAGGACCUGAACCUGCAAGUGAAAGUAUGGGAGACCUUCUAGAGUCAGCAGCAGAAAAGAAAGAGGAAGAUAAAAUAUGGCUGGCUGCUGACACAGAAAGCUCUGCAGAUCAAAGUGGCUCUCAAAAUGUUGUCUUAGAUGACUCAGAAGCCAGAAGUUCUGGUGACCUGGAGUCCUCUGACAUUGCAGAUGAUAGCAGUGAAACAAAACCAGACUCCUUAAUGGAAGUAGUUAGGGGUGAUGAUCACAUGGCUGCAGAAAAUGUUGACUGUCCCAUUGAGGAAAAGAGUAUCUGUGAAGUUAAUAUGAGUACAUCUCGUUCACUGGACAGAACUAGGAUAAGUGAUAAGGAUGAGCCACUGGUUGACCAGAAUCCUUGUGAUCUGGGGCCAGACCUAGCUGAUAACAGUACUGCAACAGCAUCUUCUCUCAGUGGCGAGAUGUGUCCUGUAACUAAAGAGAGAGAAACUAACCCAGUUUCUUUUGAUGAUGACAGCUCAAUACUGAGCAUUGAUCUCAAUCACUUGAGGUAUAUUCCAAAGGCCAUCAGCCCACUGAACAGUCCAAUACGUCCUUUGGCUAGAGCACUGAAGAUGGAAAGUCCCUGUAAAGGCCUUGUGAAGACUUACAACAAAGAGCCUGAAAGUACUGUUGUCAUCUGUCCCUCAAAGAACUUGUCAAAGGAAGUAAACAAAGAAAAUCAAAAGCCAGUGAGCAUGUCUGAUGAACACUUAGAGAUGGAGUCUCGGCUGAGUAUCUCUUCAGAUGAAAUAGAAGAAGGUGAAAUCGUAAGUAGUGAUGAAGAUAAAGAAAGAUCUAAACCAGAGAGAGGCUCUGAAAAUACAAAAAAGUCAAGACCGAAAGCUUCUUCUGAGACACGAAAUUUGACCAGCAGCCCGCAGAAUCAAACUAGCAAAAGUGUGCACUGCAAUGAAGGUAAUGGAAAAUUUGUUUCUGUGCAAGUAAGCGCACAAAAGAACAGAGAGAGGCAUAAAAAUCAGACCCUCAGAUCUUCAAAGAAUAUGAAGAAAAACAAAACUGUGAGCAUUGCUUGUCUGGAAAAAAUAGUUCAUGUUAUUGUUGAACCUUCAAAUAUACAAGAAAUCAUGCAGAUGCUCAGAGCUAUACGAAAACAGAUGAGGAAAAGUUAUAUGAAGUUCAAAGUACACUUCCCAGUUCAGCAUUUUCACAGAAUUAUAGAAUCUGGGAUUAUAAAUUUUACAGCAUUAAUAAGAUACUUGAACUUUUCCAAGAUGUGUGCAUUAGGUGAUACAUUAAAAUUGAAUAUCUGUGAUAUUAUAGAGUCGAAACUUAAACAAGUUAAAAAGAAUGCAAUAGUGGACCGUCUUUUUGACCAGCAAGUAUCAGAUAUGAAAAAACAGUUGUGGAAAUUUGUAGAUGAACAGCUUGAUUACUUAUUUGAAAAGAUAAGGAGAAUUAUAAUAAAGCUAUGUGAUGUGGAAAAUGAGGGUGAGGAAGGGAAAUUUGAAAGAGCCGGAAAGCAAAACCACAAGAUCGGUCAUAAAAAUGAUGUGGAGAGAUCUAGAAAAAAGUCCCUGAAAGAAGGUUCUCAAAAGCCUGAAGAAUAUAUUUCAAAACAAACUGUGGAUUAUGAACAAUCUAACUGUCACCAUGAGAAAAAUAAGACAGGUGCACCAAAAAGUGCCUUUACAAAAUGUCUUAAUUCCAUUGAUAACACAAGAAAUUCCCAAACAAAAGUUCACCUCUCUAAAGAGAACAAUUUACAAAACUCUCUUACUCCACUGAAGGGUGUUAAAUAUGAGAAGGAAGGACUCCAGCUGUCCAGAGAUGCUAACAAGUCUGAUCUCAGUUAUGAACUUCUCACAGAACAACAAGCGUCCAGUCUUACAUUUAAUCUAGUAAGUGAUGCUCAAAUGGGUGAAAUUUUCAAAAGCCUGUUACAAGGUUCUGAUCUCUUGGAAAAAAAUGGUGGCAGUAUCAACAGAAAUGACUGUGAAUUCAGGACUCCAGAAAAACAGUUUUUAGACAGUCAUAAAUGCAGGGAUAAUAUUGCUGAACUGGAGCAGGACAUCACUCCAAAGGAGGCUUGUAUGGACUGUAAACUGGAUGAGGAUAUUAGUUGGUCUAUUGUUUCACCUGUAAGAGCUCCCUCAUUAGCAUCUAGGCCUCAGAUGCCCGUUGAUCCAGAUGUGCUGGAUGAGAGCUGUAUGUUUGAAGUUUCCACAAACUCAUCUUCGUGCAAAGAUGAUGAAUGCAAUUUACAGAAGAAUAAAUCGUGUAUUUCUUCUAUCCUUCUUGAAGAUUUGGCCGUUUCCUUAACAAUUCCAUCACCUUUGAAAUCAGAUGCUCACCUCAGCUUCCUAAAACCUGAGAAUAAUUCUAGCUCAGCUCCAGAGGGUGUUGUUAGUGCACAUUACAGCGAAGAUGCACUUCUUGGAGAGGAGGAUGCCACUGAACAAGACAUUCAUUUGGCUUUAGAGUCUGAUAACUCAAGCAGUAAAUCAAGCUGUUCAUCAUCGUGGACAAGUCGGCCUGUUGCUCCCGGUUUCCAGUGUCGCCCCAGCCUCCCGAUGCAAGCAGUAAUCAUGGAGAAAUCCAAUGAUCAUUUCAUUGUAAAGAUUCGGCGGGCAGUGCCAUCUGCCUCACCAGCGUCUGACCAGAUGGCUCCAGUGAAGGAGGCACAGGCAUCCUCAGCCAAGACUGGAAAAGGAGAAAUGAGAACUGGGGGGAAAGAAAAGGACAGCCAGAGUGCCACUGUGAAAGAAACUGUCAAACCAGAUCUGGGUAAGAUGGAUCACUUGCCUCAUGUCAGCACCGAACAAGAACAAAAUCCUACCUUAGCUCAGCCUCUGAAGGAGUCACACAGUAUUGUUGGAAAGGAAGAAACUACUGGCUUGCCUAUAACCUGUAGAAAAUCUCUAGACAAAGAGAGUCAUUACACUGAAGGCCCAGAUAAGGGCUCUGAGCAAUCUGAGGCACAGAAAUUGCAAGUAUCUGAAAAGAUAACUGAAAUGCAUGUUAGAUCUCAAGAUUCUUUUCCUGCUGGAUGCAGUAUGAAGUCAUGCAUAACAGAUGGUAUUGCUGGUGGAACUUCAUGUCAUACAAUGGAAUCCAGAGCAGAUAACGGGACUCGGGAAACUUCAACAGGAAACUCAGAAGUUAGUGACAAAAAGGAAGAACUGGAAGAGUGCCUUGAUGCAUCUGUAGAGCUAACAGAAGAGCUUUCUAAUGUGACUGUAGCAGGUGAAUGUGAUCUUGAAACAAAACCCAAUUCAAAGACUAGUGGAGGGUGUCAGAUAAGUAUAGAUGAUAAAACUAAUAAAAAGAGGAAAAAAGAGACUGUCAAAGAGAAUUCCAAUUCGAAAAGGCAACGAAAAGGAACUGAAUCAGCAGGUGAGGGGGGUGAUGAAGGUAAUGUCAGGAUUGAAGAUAAAAAUUCAUCACCCAAGCAAUGUUCCGGUAAGAAGAAUGACCAGCAGAAUAAAGACUCAUCUCCCUUGGCUUCAUCUCCAUCAUCACCUAGCCUCUAUGCCAAAAACAUCAUUAAAAAGAAGGGAGAAGUAGUAGUUUCCUGGACAAGAAAUGAUGACCGAGAAAUUUUACUGGAAUGUCAGAGAAAAGGACCAUCAAGCAAAACCUUUAUUUCCUUGGCCACUAGGCUGAACAAAAGCCCAAAUCAGGUUUCAGAAAGAUUCAAGCAGUUAAUGAAGCUGUUCAAGAAAUCCAAGUGCAAGUAGACUCCAUCCAAGUUGCUUCAUGGUUUCAGGGCUUAGCUGUUACCUGCAGGGAUGGACUGGAGCCACUGCAUUCAUAUGGUGGGAUUACGGGGAGGUAUCAGAGUCAGAAUACUGAGUUUGGUAAAUCCUGUGCACUGUUAGUAUUUACUUGUCUGAGUUUCCUCUGAACUCCUUUAACAGAGUAACACAGAGGGAACUUCACAAACCAAGUGGUUAGGAAAGAAUGGGCUUUGCCACUGCACAUGGGGCAGUAUCAUUUCAAGGGGGUUAUCUCCUAUUAGUUAAAGGUGUUCUGUCGGUGGAGACAGGGGCAAGAGUGGAAGUGAUGGCUCUUGCUUCACUUGUUGGUAGUUCUGCGUGUGCUGAUGUCAAACUGUGAUCUUAAAAAGUAAGAGUGCUUUGGAAUCCAGUUGGUACAUAAUCCUGGAAAAUGACAAGUAGGUCAUCUUGGUGACUGUGGAAUAUAUUUUAAGAAGUGAGGACUUCUUCUUUUUAAAUAAGGCAGGGCAAUGAUAGCGAUGAUUUCAAAAGUUGCUUAUCUAGUAAUUGAAUUCUAUUGCUCAGGAAGAGGUGGAUCUUGCAGCCUAGUCUUUAACAACCAUUUGUGACAAUUGUUUACUUACUAGAGAUGUAAAUCUAACAGAUUCUGUUUUCAGAGCAGUCAGUGUGCAGGGUGGCAUAAAUGUUACUUUACAUAAACACUCCUCUGCAAAGGCCAUUAUGUUUUUCUGUUCCAAAUUACAUCUGGAAAAGGUACUUUGUUUAGGUCUUCAACAUAAUAAACAUUCUGUUUUGUUAAAAAAAUUAAAUAUCGAGAAGUGAUUUUCUUUUAAAAAUUAUUUAUUUUCUUUUAAAAAAUUAGAAACAGACCUUUACAGUUUCAUAAAAUACGACUUUGUAGUUAAUAACCAGAAGCAAAACUUUUCCAUAAAAGCAGGCAGUUUUCAAAAGCUUGUCAACUUAGCAUGUUUUGACAGCAAUUGCAUCUCUUUACACAUUGUUUAGUGCAUUAGGAAUUCAUUAUGUUCUAUUUUAAAAAAAUCUGUUAUAACUGUUUCUAGUUUUACUAGAACAUACCUGAAGUGUGUGUGUGUGUAUAUAUAUUUACACACACAUCUCAUACAUACUGCUGUUUAUCCCAAAUUUCUAAAAAGGUUUUGUUUUUUCUUCUCUCUGAGAAACAUCCCUGGAAGUUGCAAGGGGUUUUGUUUAAUGAAUUCAUUAAUUUUUGAGAUUUUAUUUUCUACAGAGGAUUGGAAUUGCUGUAGUCUUUAUUCAGUCAGAGCAUCUGCUGAGUACAGUUAGACUUCAUUUAAUAGCCCUCACCUAAGUGCAUUGCCUUUCAACUUGGAUUGAAUUGGCUCUUUUUCAGAGUCCAGUGGCCAUUUCUUCAAUGUCAGCACGUUUUCUGUUCCCUCUCCAACUAAUGGGACAGACUUCUCUUUCUAAUAAACCAUCAGAUAAUUUGUCAGUGAUGUUGUCACUGACCCAUUUGGAGUAUCGUACAUGUGACCUAUGGAAUGGAUUGUUGUGCUGCCAAACAGUGCAUUGUCCUUGUUUUAGGCAGUGCUCUGGAAACUGUUACAAGGAACAACUUGAGUGGGUGAUGAUGUCAGUUCUGGCAGUCUUCCAUCUUUUGUGCUUGUUUCUGAAAUGUUUGCUUUCAGUGAUCAAAUCUCACCUUCCGUGCUUUGCUGUCAGUGCCUGGUAAUUUCAGUGGGGGAUCGGUGCACGGGUUUGUGAUAACUGUUAAUUUGUUGGAGAUUUAAAUCUAACUGAAGCUGUUUUCAGAAUAGUCAGUUUGCCAAGAAGUGUUUAUGUGUGUGGAAAAACCAGACUCUCCUAAGAGUGUCCUUUUAACCAUAUCCUUAUAGAUCAACAUGUGCACAGUACUGAAGGCACUGAGGGAAGUCACUUCUCUCCACUUAAGUGCUUCCUCUCUGCAUCAAAAAAGGCAGGCAGUAUUUUAUUACCAAGUUGUUUAUUCCUUAUGUGUGUUUACUUACUUUCAUAUCUGUAUAGGUGAUGGGGGCAGAGUUUGACGGUUUUGAAUCUGACUUGGAUUCCUUUUUUGUAAAGUGUGAAACUUGGUUAAUGUUCUCUCUAUUGUAUCUAUGUGUACAGGUUCCUGUGUGGUCAUGUAAAAUAUCUGAUGUUUGUAUAUAUAUAAAUAUAUGUAUAAAAAUAGAAAGAGCUUUGUUUAGCCAAAGAUGAUUUUUUUAAGUAUAUAAAACUACAGGUUUAUUUUGUAUAAACUGAAUAGUUUGCUUACUGUAAGAGCAAUACAAAAAAUAAAAUUCUAAAACCCACACACGUUCUUGUUGAACAAAGGUUGGCUUGGAGUGGUUUUGUAACAUUGUUUGUAAUUUAUUUCUCCAACAAGAAUUUUGAUACAUAUAUGCCAAAUGUACUGUAUGUAAUUCUACAGUCUUCUUUGUGAAACCUCAGGUAAAUCAAAAUAUUUUCUAGAACUGUUGGUUAAUGUCAGCUUGACAGCUACACAUGUGGUGAAGCAGCGUUAAAAUUUACUUCUCUUAGUUUGUAUAAGUGAGUAGCUAUGUUGAUGUUCUGGCCAAUAAACAUGGAAGUUGUCA